ACUAUAUUGUAAGAGAGCUCCAAAAGCGCUUAAAACAUGACUAUCCAUAUAUAUUAAUAUCUGCGUUUUACAUUGGCUGCAAAACUGGAGAAUGUUCAUAAAGUCUUUGACUCUCGAGAUGCUAUAUGUACGCACGGACCACAACCAGAUUACUUUCUUUUUGUUAAAGAUCCCCGCUAAGUCCAGGAUCAUUCUUUUUUCUCUAAUAUCAUAGAUCCCCAGUCGCAUAACCCUCAGGGAUGGCAAUCACUAUCUUGCCCCCGGCUCCAGCGGAACCUCAGGUCCAACCGCAGUACGACGAGUCGGAUUCAGAAGAUGAAAUCAUGGAAUCGAGUGAUAUCGCACGCCCUAGCAAGCGGUUACGUCUACUAGAGAAGGGUUCGGAAGUUGUUACGCCAGGAGAAAUUGUUACAGAUGAUCCACAGUGGAUGAGAGGACAUGGCACAUACACAACGCCCCUUUCCAGUUCGAUCAUCGCUACAGUCGCUGGUACGGUCCAGAAAACCAAUAAGCUGCUCUCUGUCGCGCCACUACGAGCACGGUACACACCAGAGAUCGGAGAUCUAGUAGUCGGUCGUAUUGUCGAAGUCCAGUCGCGACGAUGGAAAGUCGAUGUCGCAGCACCGCUACUUGCUCAGCUGCCGCUUUCUGCGAUCAACUUGCCGGGUGGAAUUUUGCGACGACGUACCAGCGCCGAUGAACUACAGAUGAGAACGUUUUUCAGCGAGGGAGAUCUAGUCGUUGCGGAGGUUCAGAGCGUACAUUCAGACGGAGGAGCGUCAUUGCAUACACGAUCUUUGAAGUAUGGCAAGCUACGGAAUGGUAUUUUCCUCGCCGUCACGGGUACCGGUGGAAGCGGCUCAUCGGGGUUUACUACGAAAGGAGGCUCGGGCUCUGCAGCGGGAAAAGCAGCGGGAGGAGUUGUUCGUUCGAGAAGACAGGUCUGGAUUAUCACCACGGCCAAUGGAGGUGGUGAUGUCGACGUUAUCCUGGGCGUGAAUGGAUACAUCUGGAUCUCGAAACAUGCAGAAGGCACCGAGUCUGCGUCAUCGACGACGGAAAGUGUCUCGAUCACGAAGAUGGAAGAGAUGGUGUCCAGCUCCAUCUACUCAAGUCAGAACGAUGAAAUCCCACCGCAGACGAGGCGCGAGAUCGCCAGGCUAGCACAGUGUAUCUGUGUUCUGGUCGAGUCAGGAAUCAGAAUUGAUGAAGAGACCGUCAUGCGUGCAUAUGAAGCUAGUCUUCAGGUUGAUUUGGAGAUGGCCGAUGACGAGGCUGACGAGGGAAGUGCCUACCUUGGCGGCGAGAAGGCCAGGAGGCUAGCGGAGAUUGUCUCCCAAUAGAAGAUUAUCUUCUGGCAUGAAUCAUCUGUAUUUUAUCUCCUGGAACCUGGUCGAGAUACCCAUAGAAUAAGCAAAAAGAGAAUACAUUCUCCAAACGCCCCCAAGGAUAAGGGAACAACAUUAGGGAGAUUGCGCAACUCGAACAACUUUCUUCCAAGAUAUAAUAACUUCGAAUGCAUAGAACUCGACC